ACUGUCCGUGGAAAACCUUUUUCCAGCAUUUGUAGCAGCAGUUGGCGUGGAGGUUUCAUGACGUUCGCAGCAUAAAGCUCGGUCGGUGUUGGAAAAUUCGUGUGCUACCAAACCUAAAUGGUGUUUUUUCUUCCCCUGCACUUUCGUUUCCCGCUUGACGUCGGUCGUUGCUUGCCUCCGAGUUUGAAUUUUCCUUUCCCACACAACGCCCAAGGCAUCCCUAUCGGAUAAUGUGAUGAUUGUGAUAUUUUCGGAUUUAAUAAGUGUAUGGCUAUAAAUUGAUUUUCCUAUUGGGGGAAAAUAGAGUGUCACAUAAUUCUACUGCGUUUGGGGAUAACAGUUGGAGUUUUCCAGUGAAAGAUGUCAGUGUAGGUGGACAAGUGAAAAUUACAACAACCCAAAAAUGGAACAAGUUCGUGUUCACUCCAAAGGCAAACAUCGUAGUUCUCGAUCCGGAUCUAGUUCACGACGAACAUCGUCCAAUAGUGGCCAUCAGCGAUUGGACGCAGAGCAAACUCCAAGCAAUCCACGGGAAGAUGAAGAACUUGCUAAAAAUAGAGCACCUUUCCCAGCAGGUGGUCCAGAGGAAAAUGCAGAUAGUGCCAGCACGACGACAAAUGCCAGCAGUACGAAGGCGCAUAACAACAUCAACAACAAUAACAAUGUUGAUGAUGCAAUUGAUGCUAAUAAAAAUCCACCUGAUCAGCAGCGGGUGGAAACGACUUGCAUUGAGGUCGUUCCUGAAAAGGACGAUAAACUACAGAAGGGAAUUCUGGGCUACAUGGAUCGUCAACUAAAGGUGCAGUCCCUAUCAGAUCCGCAGAAAAGUCCUGCCCAGAGAAGCACCCGUAGUCGCAGUAGCCUGGAUAAAAGCCCACGCAGGAAACGCAGCAAAUCGGAGUCCCGUAGGCGGCGGGAGCGGAAAAUCAUCGCAGCAGGUGAAAUGGAAGUGCGCCAGGCUAAUGAGACCCUGAUGCGAUAUCUGAAGCAGUGUUCCGAUUUCAACGAUGCGUCGCUUUCCGGGGAUUUGGAAAUUCCGGAAAAUCUCGAGGAUCGGCGGGUACACCGAAAGACCAAGUCACAACGAGAGCGGAAGCACCAGCAGCAGAACGCUCCGAAGCCCACUGGUGAAGACACACCCAACUACCACGGGGAAAUCUACAACCCAUUUACGCCGGUCGUGUCUCCAACGGCGGAAGCAGCCCCGACUAGAAUUGAUAAGAUGUACAUACAGACGGCCAGCGGAUAUCGACCAGUAGACAAUACGUAUCACAAUCAUCAUCAUCAUCAGCUGCACCUUCAUCAUCCGCAGUACCAUCAUCAUCACCAUCUCAGGCCAAGGGGCGGAGGUGGACCUGGUGACCCUGAAAGCAAUAAUUACACAAUAAGAACCGCAGUUCAUUUAUCCGGUGCAGUGCAGAGGGUAUGGCUGCACAUUUCCAACGUUUGCCACGGUCUGCUGGGAGGACUGGCUCUGGCUCAUCUGCUGCUGAUCUGCACCACUAGACCAUACGAUUGGGUCGAAGCAUCCAUUCGGCACUAUUCGGCCUUCGCGGAAGUCUACGCCAACACGUUCUACUGCUUGGCCAUUAUCUGUAUGGUUUCGAUAUUCGAUAGAAUGGACAUUGCACACUUCAGCCUAUCGAGUGCGGCGGAUAAUAACAUUUCGUUUCGAUCGGUGGUUAUCAUCAUGAUCUACGCAGCAACGAUUGUCCUGAGUCUGUCGGCUGGAUCGAUGGACGAACGCCUUUACCUGUCUGCCUCCAAUGUGACCGUGUGGGAGGAAGAACUGGAAACGAACAAAGUGCUUAGUAUAUGGAAUACGCUCUCGAUAGCCCGCAGUGUUGGUGCUAUUUUCGGAUGGAUUGUGAUUGGUAUGUCGCCGGACCAUGAUCAGCUCUACGAGCACCUGCUAGAAAUGGAAAAAUAUCAACUUCAGUAAGCCGGGGACAAACAAUGAAAUCGACGAUAAUAAGCCCCUCACUAUCGACUACAAGUUAAGUCUAAUCUUCGUUAAUAGCAAGUAAUUGUAAAAAGGACCCUGUAAAUACUACAAUUAAGGAACUUAGCUAUUGGGGCAGAUACGAAGCAUAAAAGCAAACAUAGAGCAUUCAAUACCAGUAACCUAAUCGAAGCCGCAAGGCUCGAACAUCAUUGUAACAAUAAACCAGCAACAUAAAAGGAGAACUAAAGGACUACAAUAGGAUAUGCGUUGACGAAGACAAACCGAUCGAAUUAACGCUAAUCGUUGUGUAACAAAUUUAUCCAAAUCGAGAAAAUCUCGUCAACCAAACAUAACCGAUCACCGGCAAUAAUGUAUCCAUCAUUGAAAAUGUUAAAGUUAUCCGUAUCUUUCUCAUUCGGACAAGGAUCAAUUUAGACACUUGACUCUCCACACCAUGAUUAACCAUGAACUCGAAUACCGUCAGUAUAUCUUUGCCUAGCUCUUCGACAAACAUAAAACAAUCAUUAGAGGAACCCCAUCUUGUUCUGUUAUCCAUUAGGCUGUAAACGAUAAUCCUUGCAAAUCAAUAGGUUCAUAAAAUAAACCGUAGCUAAGAAACGUUGAGUAGGGAAAUCGGCCAUUUUGCAAGUAUGCUAUGGCAAUGGACUGAGAUAGGACAAAAUUACAAUUAUAGAGAAAUCACGGUUACUUGCAAGACUAUACAAAAAAUGUACAUGUGAAUGUUGAAAACAAUGAGAUAAUCAUAUGAUAGCGGACGGAACGUAUCGAAGUAUAAGAUAAACAUGAUGGAACUGUGGAUGAUAGAAUCUUCCGACUCCAGAAACAUAGUGAAUCCAGAGUGAAAGUAAACUUUCCUACAUGUGUAUACAGAAACAAUCUGAACUAGCUUAAUGUACGACACAAACUAAACACACUCACACACAUCAAUCAGUAGAGCGAACGUGCGCUAGCCUCUGGCUAUGGAUACUCAGAUCAGAGAGCGUUCCGUAAAAGAUAGUGCAGGCUUGCUAACAAUGUUAAUAUUUCUACAAAGCUAUAUAUUCUAGAGAGAAAACUCACAUACCAAAACAAACAAGUAGUGAAAGUGCAUAUUACUGGAUUAUUCCUUUUUUUUGUUGGAAAAUUGCGUUAGAAAAUACACACAUCACAAUAAAUGGGAUACAAGCAUUGA